AUGUCGGAAACCAACCCCCCUCGUGUGUCCUUCAGCGACAAGGACCUCGAGAACGGUGCNCCCAACAACGACCGCGCCGCCUCCCGCAAGUGGUCUACCGCNCCCAGUGCCAUCGAGGACCUCGACGAGUACACUGCUCUCCAGAAGUACAUCUCCACUUACCGCGACCCCAAGGAGAAGGCUGCCGAGGAGGCCGAUGGCGAGGGUGCCACCAGCAAGCCCAAGAAGUCUUGGCAGUUCUGGAAGAAGGGCAGCACCGCUGGUGGCUCUGGCGAUGAGAUGACCGUCCCCGAGGACUGGCUCGAGGCCGACAUCAGACAAGGUAUCUCGAACCACGACGUCGAGUCCCGCCGCAAGAAGUUCGGCUUCAACGAAAUCUCCUCCGAUAAGGAGAACCUCUUCAUUAAAUUCUUGUCAUUCUUUACUGGCCCUAUUCUUUAUGCAGGUCUGCGUGAUUGGAUCGAUUUCGGUGUCAUCAUCGGUAUUCUCAUGCUCAACGCCAUUGUCGGUUGGUACCAGGAGAAGCAGGCUGCCGAUGUCGUCGCCUCGCUCAAGGGUGAUAUCGCCAUGAGAACCACUGUCGUCCGCAAUGGUCAGGAGCAGAACAUCCUCGCCCGUGAGCUCGUCCCCGGUGACAUUGUCAUCAUCGAGGAGGGUUCUACCGUUCCCGGAGACGCCCGUCUUAUCUGUGACUACGAUGCCCCUGAGGACUUCGCCAAGUACAAGGAGCUCCGUGAGCAGCACGCCUUGAACCCCGAGGAGGACCCCGCUGGCUCUGAGGAGGGUGAGGGUGAGGAGACCGGUAUCGCCCACCAGGGCCACCCCAUCGUCGCCACUGACCAGUCUGCCAUUACCGGUGAAUCUCUCGCUGUCGACAAGUACAUGGGCGACGUCGUCUACUACACCACUGGUUGCAAGCGCGGAAAGGCCUACGCCGUCCUCGUCACCUCUGCCAAGCACUCUUUCGUCGGUCGCACUGCUACUCUCGUCGCUGGUGCCAAGGACCAAGGUCACUUCAAGGCUAUCAUGGACUCUAUCGGUACGGCUCUUCUCGUCCUCGUCAUGUUCUUCAUUCUCCUGUCCUGGAUCGGUGGUUUCUUCCGCAACCUUGGCCUCGCUACCCCCGAAUGGUCUGAGAACACUCUCCUCAAGUACGCUCUUAUCCUCNNCCUGAUUGUUGGUGUCCCCGUCGGUCUUCCCGUCGUUACCACCACCACUCUCGCCGUCGGUGCCGCCUACCUCGCCGAGCAGCAGGCUAUCGUCCAGAAGCUCACUGCCAUCGAGUCCCUCGCUGGUGUUGACAUUCUCUGCUCUGACAAGACCGGUACUCUCACUGCCAACCAGCUUUCUAUUCGUGAGCCUUUCGUCGCCGAGGGCCAGGACGUCAACUGGAUGAUGGCCGUCGCCGCUCUCGCCUCUUCCCACAACAUCAAGUCCCUCGACCCCAUCGACAAGGUUACCAUCCUUACCCUCAAGCGUUACCCCAAGGCUCGUGAGAUACUCAAGGAUGAGUGGAAGACCGAGAAGUUCACUCCUUUCGACCCCGUCUCCAAGCGUAUCACUGCUAUCUGCACUCUCCGUGGUGACACCUACACUUGCGCCAAGGGUGCCCCCAAGGCUGUUCUUAACCUGACCGACUGCGACAAGNNGGAGACCGCCGACCUCUUCAGAGACAAGGCUACCGAGUUCGCCCGCCGUGGUUUCCGCUCUCUCGGUGUUGCCUACAAGAAGAACGACGAGCCCUGGAUCCUCCUCGGUAUGCUUUCCAUGUUCGACCCUCCCCGUGAGGACACUGCCCAGACCAUCAUCGAGGCUCAGCAGCUUGGUGUUCCCGUCAAGAUGCUUACUGGUGACGCUAUCGCUAUUGCCAAGGAGACUUGCAAGAUGCUUGCUCUCGGUACCAAGGUUUACAACUCUACUAAGCUCAUCCACGGUGGUCUCUCCGGUGCUGCCCAGCACGAUCUCGUCGAGAAGGCUGAUGGUUUCGCUGAGGUCUUCCCCGAGCACAAGUACCAGGUCGUCGAAAUGCUCCAACAGCGUGGUCACUUGACUGCCAUGACUGGUGACGGUGUCAACGACGCUCCUUCGCUCAAGAAGUCUGACUGUGGUAUCGCUGUCGAGGGUUCCACUGAGGCUGCCCAGGCUGCCGCCGAUAUCGUCUUCCUUGCUCCCGGUCUCUCUACCAUCGUCUACGCCAUCAAGACUGCCCGCCAGAUCUUCCAGCGUAUGAAGGCUUACAUUCAGUACCGUAUCGCUCUGUGCUUGCACUUGGAACUCUACCUCGUCACCUCCAUGAUCAUCAUCAACGAGACCAUCCGUGUCGACCUCAUCGUCUUCAUCGCCCUGUUCGCUGAUUUGGCCACCGUCGCCAUUGCCUACGAUAACGCUCACUCCGAGCAGCGUCCCGUCGAGUGGCAGCUUCCCAAGAUUUGGAUCAUCUCCGUCAUCCUCGGUGUUCUUCUUGCCACCGGUACCUGGAUCGUCCGUGGUACUCUCUUCCUUGAGCGUGGUGGUAUUGUCCAGAACUUCGGUUCCGUCCAGGAGAUUCUCUUCCUUGAGGUUGCCCUUACUGAGAACUGGCUCAUCUUCGUUACCCGUGGUGGCAAGACCUUCCCCAACUGGCAGCUCAUCCUCGCCAUCCUCGGUGUUGACGCUCUCGCCACUAUCUUCUGUCUCUUCGGUUGGUUGUCCGGCGACCCCCAGAACACUUCCNNCCCUCCUUCCGCCUUCUUCAAGAACGAGCGUCUCGAUGGCUGGACCGACAUUGUCACCGUCGUUGUCGUCUGGGCUUACUCCAUUGGUGUUACCAUCAUCAUCGCCAUUGUUUACUUCCUCCUUAACCAGAUCACUUGGCUCAACAACCUUGGUCGCAAGGACCGUAACAUGCACGACACCAAGAUGGAGAACAUCAUCGCUGCUCUCUCCAAGAUCGCCCUCGUUCACGAGAGNGAUGAUGCCACCGGUGGUGACCGCUGGCUCCUUGCCGCCAAGACUGAGGACGAUGAUGAGGAUUAG